UGUACCUGCCACUUGGUUCCGGGGAACGAACAUGGCGUCCGCCGUGCUGAAGGUUGCAGCGGCAGGUGUUUCCAGAUGCUCUCACGUCGCGCUCCGGAGGGCACAUUCAACAACGGUGCCCCUCCAUCAGGGUGUUCCCGCGUCUCUGUGGAAGCUGGGCAGGCUUAACCACAUCGCCAUCGCUGUCCCCGACAUGGAGAAGGCCACGGCGCUGUAUCGGGACGUGCUGGGGGCCACGGUGAGUGAGAAGGUGCCCCUGCCCGAUCAUGGUGUCUACACUGUGUUCGUGGAGCUCGGCAACACCAAGCUGGAGCUGCUCCAUCCUCUCGGAGAGAAGAGCCCCAUCUCGGGCUUCUUGUUGAAAAACAAGUCAGGAGGAAUGCAUCACAUUUGUAUCGAGGUAGACGACAUUAGUGCUGCGAUAGCCGACCUAAAAACCAAGAACAUCAGAAUGCUUUCGGCGGAGCCGCGGAUAGGUGCUCACGGCAAACCGGUCAUGUUUCUCCAUCCUAAAGACUGUGACGGUGUGCUGGUGGAGCUUGAAGAAGCGUGAAACAUCACAUCCUGCUGUUGACUGAGAGUUUUCCAGGCAGUUUGAUGAUCAGAGUGAUAGCGGGGAUUGUUCCUUAUAGCACUUCUGCUUUUGGAAAAACAGUUCUUUGUAUGGAAUAAAGUUUUAUGUGGUACAUUAA